AUGGCACCACCUCCACCACCACCAAGGAUUAUAGAUGAUAGUGAAAAUGAAGAUGCCGAUGCUGAUGCUGAUGAUUUUGAAGUAGAAUCUUCAGUACCACCAACAACUGAACAUGAAGAUAAUAUAGAUGAAGAAGAAGAAGAAGAGGAGGAGGAGGACGAUUUUGAUGCAGAAGAGGAAGAAGAUUUGGAAGAAGAUAAUUAUAAAUUGAAAGCUAGUGAAGAAGAAGAAGACGAAGAUACAGAAUCUCCACAACCAGUAUCGAAACCAAUAAAAAAAUCAAUAAAAAUCACGAUCAAACCACCUAAAAAACCAAACAAUUACUCAACUUCUAGUGGUAGUUCAAAAACCACUAACGUCUCUCCUGAUCAAUCAACACAAAGAGUAACGAGAAAAAGACAAGUUAGUUAUUAUCAAGAUGAAGAAGAUGAAUUUGACGAAGAAGAAGAAGAAGAAGAAGAAGAUGAUGAUGAUGAUGAAGAAGAUGAAGAAGGAUUUGAUCAAGAAGUGAAAGUGAUUAAAUCCAAUAAAUUGAAAAGAUUGAAAAAACCAUCCAAUGACAAAAGAACUUCUGAUCGUAGACAAACAUCAUCUACAUCAAGAACUCGUAAAGAUCAAAGACAAACAUUAGAUCCAGAAUUACUUUUAACUGAUGAAGAAGAUGAAUAUGAUCCUUCUACAUAUAAUGAUUUAUCAAAAAUGACAGAACGACAAAGAGCUAGAUAUGAUGGUGUUGGUGUUGGUGGUGAUGACAAAAAUAAUAAUAAUAAAAAAAAAACUGAACAAUUUAUUGAAUUAGAUGAUAGUGGUAAAAAGGCAAAAUCAAAACUUGAUCAUGAUCAACAACAACAAGAAGAAGAAACUGAAGAAGAAAUAGCUUUAAGAAGAGCUGAAAAUGCUCGAAAAAGACAAGAUUAUAAAAAAAAAGUAUUAGAAGAAGAAAAACGGGAUACCUUAAAUAAAUUAUUGAAACGAAGAGCAACUAAAUCACGAGAAAUUAUUAAUGAAGAAGAUAAUAAAGAUGGAUCUGAUAUGGGAAAUAAUGUUCUUUAUAAAAAAAAAAGACCAAUGUUGGAACAUCCAGCAUUCAUAAGAUAUGUUAAUAAUACAACUUCAUUAAAUGGGAAUUCAGUAUUAUCUUAUAAUUGA